GUCCCCACGGUGAGCAUGCUUGGAUUUAAACCGGUCCGGAGUUUACCGCGAGCUGUUGGCGUCUCAUCAAACGAGCGCGUGCAGCUGUGGAUAUAUUAUUACUCGCGCGCGGCUCACCUGUCUGCUCCACCAUGGACGAGAGCAGCAACAACAACAGCAGCGACUUCUCGCCCGAGUUGAAGGACUUGGAGACGAAGCUGGGUCGGAAAGUUCCGGACGGUCUCGUGCGGUCUCUUCUUGCGGGAGGAAAACGCAACGACAAGUCGCCUCAUUUAACGAGCUGCAAGUUCCGCGCGGAUUCCACGGAUUUGGACAGACUGCAGAGUAAAAUGUUGCUCCUCAGACAGGAAAUGGCCAACCUGCGAGCCAUCGACGUGAAGCUCAUGCAGCAGCUCAUGUCCAUCAACGAGGGCAUCGAGUCCAUCCGCUGGAUGAUGGAGGACAAAGGAGACGCGACCAGCCAGGACGGCAGCCUGACGGGCAGCCUGUACAGCCUGACGGACAGCCAGGACGGCUCCUCGCUACGAGGCAGCUUCAGCAGCCUGAACGACGGCCACAGCGACGACCUGGACGGUCUGUCCGUGGGCAGUUACCUGGACACUCUGGCAGAGGACCUCCCGGACGACCCCUCGCCCACGGACCUGGAUUGUUUUGUGGAGAAAAGCGUGAUCGACGGCGACGCCUUCACCAAGUCCCCUCUGAAACUCCGGGUGCAGUCGGAGCAGUACUACUGCUUCAGAUAGUGACGAUAAGCUCAACACACAGACUACGGAGGGACACGCAUUGACAGGAAUGAUAGACGUUUAACUCAGCUGUCAGCUGGUUCUUCUGUCCCACAUAUUUAAAUUAAUGGUACAAUUUAGUUUUUUAAAGCUUUCACCAAAUGAGAGAGAACAUCUCUGAGAGACAUUUAUCCCAAAGGUUAAAGUGAGAACUCUGGKUUGUUGAAGUGAUGUUUUGUGUGAGCUUUAUAAACAAAAUCCUACCUGU